GAAAACGAAGAAGAUGCAAGAAAAACCCUCACUCACUGUGCCUCUCCCUCUCCCUCUCAUAAACCCUAAACCUUCACAACCUCAAUGGGAAGCACCAGGGGCGUAUUGUCGUUCCUCACCAACAUCGCUCGCUUGGCCUUCGGCCUAGGUGUGACGGGCACCGCCCUUAACUCCUCCCUCUUCACCGUCGACGGCGGGCAGCGCGCCGUCCUCUUCGACCGUUUCCGCGGCAUCCUCGACGAAACCGUCGGAGAGGGAACCCAUUUCCUCAUCCCAUGGGUCCAAAAGCCUUACAUCUUCGACAUCCGCACUCGCCCCCACACAUUCUCCUCCAUUUCCGGCACCAAGGACCUCCAAAUGGUCAACCUGACCCUCCGCGUGCUCUCACGCCCCGACACCGCGCGUCUCCCUGUCAUCGUACAGAACCUCGGACUAGAGUACGACGAGAAGGUCCUCCCUUCGAUUGGCAACGAGGUUCUAAAGGCUGUCGUCGCGCAGUUCAACGCCGACCAGCUCCUAACGGAACGGCCCCAUGUCUCGGCUUUGGUCCGUGAGAGCCUAAUUCAUCGCGCCAAGGAUUUCAACAUUGUCCUUGAUGACGUGGCAAUCACGCACCUUUCUUAUGGGUAUGAAUUCUCACGUGCUGUGGAGCAGAAGCAGGUGGCUCAGCAGGAGGCUGAGAGGUCCAAGUUUGUUGUGAUGAAGGCCGAGCAGGAGCGGCGCGCCGCGAUUAUUCGCGCCGAGGGAGAGAGCGAGGCUGCUAAGCUGAUUUCCGACGCCACUGCGGCGGCUGGGAAUGGUUUGAUUGAGCUUAGGAGGAUUGAGGCAUCGAGGGAAGUUGCUUCAACACUUGCUAAGUCCCCCAAUGUGGCUUAUCUCCCUGGUGGAAAGAACUUGCUCAUGGCUAUUAACCCUGGCCGUUGAUUUAUGUCAUCUCGGGCUCUGUGGUGUGGUGUAUUGGCAUGCUUGGAAUGGUAUUCAGGUUCUCCUUUGUUGGGAGGACGUUCUCAUUUGAACACAGUUUCAUAGUAAUUUUUGUAAAAGAAACAAUUUUAAGAAAUAAAUUUGGACCUUCAUGUUUAA